AUGUUUAACCAUUCAGCAGGCGGGCCUCGCCCUUCCGACAACAAUGAGGAUCCGUCGUAUGGUUUCGCCGACCAAGGCUGGCACAGGUUCACCAUGAACAAUAACAACACAAACAGUUUCUCGACGGGACAUUCGCAAUCAUAUCACGAUGCUGGCGCAUCCUAUGGCGACUCAUCCGGCAUGGAUUGGGCGCCAACACCGUCGGCAGAAUAUGACAUGCGAUUCGAUCAACACGACCCCAUGUCUCAAGAUGUCGAACUCGAUACCAUGAGCUCUUCGCAUGGUGGAGGAGGUGGCGUUGGACGUCUGGUUGCGCAUUUCGAGAACAAAUCCUUUGCGCCCCCUCUACCUCCAAGACCAUCGAAUGUCGUAACAAGCCCAGUACAUCAAGAGCCUCCCGUUUCCUCGCCGUUCGGAAACUUCAGUGUCACCUCGCCUAUAGUUACAAGUCCGCUCGCCAGCCCUGCAGAGCCCAACUAUGGACUCUUGAGUGGCCAUUCAAGAGUCACCAGUCCGAUCGUUAGCCCGCCGCCCGCCCUCGCUUUUGGCGGAUUUCAUGAUAUACCAGUCCACAGUCCAGGUGUUGGUUCAUCGUCCGGUCCUUUCGGAAAUAUGAACAGUUUUAUGGCCAACAACAAUAGAGUGACGACCCCGAUGGAGACAGCAUCCAUGGCUGGGCCUUCAAUGAUGCCAAAUUCUGGUAUGAACGCCAAAGUCACCUCACCCAGUCCAGUCACUCCAGGUGUGCCAGGUACACCUGGGUUUGCCAUAUGGCGACCACCCGUACCAAUGACUUCUAAACCCUCUUUGGAUCAACCACAAGGUAGCAGUACUUCCUCAAAUCCUGGUGGUUAUUUCGCAAAACCUCCGAUCCCCUCUACACCUAAACCCGUGAUGAAUGCCGGAAGCCAACUGGUCUUGGAUUUCAAUACCAAUUCCACCUUCAAUGCUAAAGGCAAGGCCCCCGCGAAGCCGCCUGCCAAACCACCCAGGCCUGUUCGACAACCCUCCCGAUCGUCAAUGUCCACACCUGGACCUUUCAGUCCCCCUAUUAAACAUGAACCCUCCACACCACAACUGUCUCAAGCCUCUGCCUCUUCUAUGUUGCCACCAAAUGAACGAAGAGCUUCCGUAUCUCAACGAUCUCAAGCAGGAAGCCGCCCUUCAAGAGAACAAGUCCCUGCUGAAGCAUGGGAAUCGUUCAAGAACACAAUUCGAACACUGUAUCUUGAGGAAAGGAAACCACUCAAAGAGGUCAUGUCUGUCAUGGCCGACAAGUAUGGCUUCCAGGCAACACCAAAAAUGUACAAGACUCGAUUCUCUCAAUGGGGUUUUGUGAAGAAUAAUACCGAGGAGGAAGUUAAGCGCCUGCUAUCCAUGAAGUUUCAGCGCGACGCCGAGGGCAAGGUGUCCGAGUUUGUUCGCAACGGCAAGGUUGUUAACCUGGGCACCUACUUGAAGAGAAAGGGCGUUACCGAGUAUGACUUGGUCGAUUUCGAAUUACCUGCCGAUUUGCCGGCACACAUCAGAUGUCGAACACCAACUCCGCCUCCAGCACCGGGGUAUCUCCAAUCACCAGAUCUACUCCGGGCUCAAGAAAUCAUCAUCAGCAACAUGAGGAAAGCGUUCUUACAAUGUCGACAAUUUGAAGUUGAGACUGACGCCCAAGUUGGAUGGCAAACUAUCAUGGUGUGGGGGGCGGGCUCAAGCGAUCUUCUUCUCGAGGCUAACCACUAUUUUGAGAUGAAGGACCACGAUCAGGGUGGUCAUUUCCUGAUGAAGGCUUUCCAACAGCUUGAAUCAGAUUUGAAGAAGCUAUCUCCUCAGGGAAUCAAGGAGUUGCUUCUGGGCAUGGUUCAUCGCGAUCCAGGAAUGAUGACAGCACUCUGCAAGUAUUUAGCGGCUUACUCGACGACCAACUUCGAGCGGUCACAUCCCCUGCGGCAGAUCUUCUCUUGCUUAUAUGAGGUGCAACAGAAGCAUGGGCCAGGCACACUGUCAGAGCUGCUGUGGGGAAGCAUUCCAACAAUCGCGGAGGAGCUGGAGGCCAUUUAUGGCCGUAAGCAUCCUUAUGUGGCUCGAACAUGGGUUGACCUGGCCAUGUUUUAUAACCAUGUUAAUCAGGAGCGACUCGAGAAAUUGGUGGGAGAACUUCGACUGCUGCAGCGACAAAUGGAGCAACGACUGGGCCCUGAAAGCGCCGAUGUCCUCGUUCUGCGAUAUACAAUUGUCCAGUUGAUGUUCGCAGCACAUCCUCAGUCUGAUGCGACAAAGCAAGCGACGAUCGACCUCUGGCACCAUAUGAGAGGCAUGGGACUUCUAUUCCCUAUUCGUAGCCAGCAACCGAACAUGUUCUGCUAUCAUAGCCCUGUCAAGGUCGAUCCUUGGACGAAGCGCUGUCGACGUCGAUACGAGUCUGGUGUUCAAUUCCUCGAAGAGCACGUUGGGGUUCGCGUUAUCAUGUACUUCGAAGAGGACUUCCAUACCACGGAGCAUGCACCAGAGCAUAUUCCUCAUCAGCAGCAUCAACGCCAGCACCAGCAGAGCCAUCAAUAUCAGCAUCGGCAGUCGCAGCAGCAGCAGCGCCCACAACAGCUCCAAGCACAGGACUCGUGGGCGGCCGCGAUGGAGCAGCACAUGUCGAGCUCAAAAUAUUCGUUCAUCUGA